AUGUCCACCGUUUGGCUUUUGAUCCUCGGUAUUCCUUCUCACACGUUUGCCCUCACGUAUUCUUGCAACGGUUCGGUGAAAGUUGACGAGGAGUUGAACAACUCGGUAUGGCGUCAGCUGUCGAUCAGAUACAGCCUGUUUGAAAGCGUGUCGGAUCACAUAAAGUUUUCACUGAUCGUCAUUUUUUGUAUCCCUGGUAUCGUUGGGUCGGUGCUGAUGAUAUUGGUCAUGAUAAAGAGUAGGAAAUGCCAAUGUAAACUGACCAUCCGCCGGUUCAUGGAAGCCAUAGCUGCAGCGGACCUUUUCUACUGCGCAUGCAGUAUUGCCAUGCAUUCUCUUCUGUUCCUCCAUGGCAUUGAAUCGCCUACUCGGGCAAGGCUAUACGUGAUCAUCGCUGCCUAUGUCACCGAAUGCAUCGCGUCCUGCUUCAGUGAUUUGGUGACAACGCUGUUGGCAUUCCAACGCUGCAUCGCGCUGUUUGCGCCCUUGUUUUGGCGAAGCAGGAGUGAUCAAUGGAAAGAAAGGUUCUGUGGUGCGGGCAUUGUCUUUUGCUUUGUAUUGAGUAUGUUCAGGUGUCACGCCUUUAGUAAUUUUAAGGUCCAAGCCACAGACCGCUACGGUGUCACAGAGAGUUCUUACAUUAACAUUUCGACCAUUACAAUGAUGAACGGGAAAAUGGAUACGUUCAACCUAUUCACGUUCUUAAUUUUGCCCCUCAUUUUAAUAUUUCUGAUUCUGCUUUUCCAUACCUCCGUCAUUUGGAAGAUGAAGCAUCGCCAUCGAAACUCGGUAUCGCCCACUGGUCAGUGGCCAACUUGCAGCAUCAAGGAUGUGAACCUGACGGGGCGCCCUAUAGCAAGCAACACAGCUUUGGGUUCCCUGCAGAGUAACGACCUCGGAAGAGAAACGAAAGAGAAGGAUUCAAAAAAUAUGCGAUUGUUGGUUGCCUCACAGUCCACUUCCGCCGUAUUCUGUCAGGUCAGCUACAUCGCCCAAAGCAGUAUAACGUUGGCAGGAUUCAACGUUGCAAAUGUCGAACUCUGCAACAGUAAAGCAGCAGGUUUAUGGAAAAUAGGACUCGUGAUUUUUCCGAUCACGUUUGCCACUGAAUGCCUUGCCAGAUCAUCGCUGUUCUACAUUAACCUCAUGUUCAAUAAACAUUUUAGGUACGAGGUAGUACAAUCGCUUUUUUCCCUCACACAAGUGGUUGCUUGCAAGCCAUCCUCAUUGGCGGUGUAA